UACUCUCGUCUCAAUAGUAUUACUUCACUUCCAAAAGGAAGAUGUGGCCUUUACUAAUAUUUAUUUUAUUUCUACUUAUAAUUAGAGAUGCUGUACAGAAACCAGAGUCAUAUCCUCCAGGUCCUCCGUUAAUACCCAUAGUAGGCAAUUUAUUAUCACUUUGGUUAAGUUUAAAGAAAUUUAAGUACCAUCAUACUGUUUGGCAAGAGUGGUCUAAGAAAUAUGGGAGCAUACUUGGACUUCGACUUGGCUACACCUAUGUUGUUGUUGUUUCUGGUAGAGAUAUGAUAAAAGAAGUGUCUUCUAGAGAUGUCUUUGACGGGAGACCAAAUGGAUUUUUUUAUUUACUGAGAUCGUUCAAUAAGAAACUGGGAUUAGUGUUUUCCGAUGGAGCCACUUGGCAUAAAACAAGACGUAUGGUCCUAAAAUGCCUUAAAUAUUUCGGUUAUGGUUCACGAUCUAUGGAAGCCAAUAUAAGUGAAGAAUGUAAGGCUCUGAUUGAAUUGCGGAUGGUAAACGCUGGCAUGCCUGUAGUGGUCAACCACAUGUUUGAUGUUUGCAUUGUCAAUAUCCUAUGGAAAUUAGUGGCUGGCAAAAGGUACGAUUUGUCGGAUAAGCAAUUAACAAUUUUAUGUGAUCUAAUCACCAGAUCAUUUAAGGUUGUUGAUAUGAGUGGCGGUAUUUUGAAUUUCCUGCCGUUCCUGCGGCAUGUUAUGCCGGAUCUGAUUGGUUAUACCGAACUUAAUGCAAUACAUCACAAGCUGUAUGAGUUUUUACGGAGUACAAUACAAGAACAUCAGAACACGAUCGAUGUAAAGAAUCCCAGAGAUCUUAUAGAUAUGUUUUUAAUUGAAAUGAACGGUUCAAAGAAUGAUUCCUUUUGUCCUGAAGAACUUCAAGUUAUAUGCCUCGAUCUACUCGAAGCAGGAGUGGAAACUGUCAGCAACACAGCAGUGUUUAUGCUUCUUCACAUAGUCAGAAAUGAAGAAGUUCAGAGGAAAUUGCGGAACGAAAUCGACGUUAAAAUCGGAUUUUCACGACACCCUACUCUGAGCGACAGAUCCAAAAUGGUGUACACGGAAGCGGUGCUGCUUGAAACAUUGCGUAUAUCGAGCGUGGCUGCUGUGGGCAUCCCACACAUGGCCCUUGAAGAUGCAAAGCUUGGAAACUUCACGAUACCGAAGGGUACGUGUGUUUUGCUUGCUAUCCACGACCUCCACAACGGAGGACACUGGAAGGACUCAACGUCGUUUCGACCGGAGCGUUUCUUAACAAAAGAAGGGAACCUGAUACAAGAUGAAUGGCUUAUGCCUUUUGGAAGUGGUAAAAGGAGGUGUAUUGGCGAAGGUCUGGCCCGUUCAGAACUGUUCAUGUUUCUGACACAUCUAUUGCAAAGAUUCAACCUUAAAGUCCCUGAAGGUGAUGCUCCUCCGUCUACAGAACCGAUUGAUGGAGUUACUCUAUCUGCAAAAGAAUUCAGAAUCGUGUUUGAACCUAGAAAUUGGCACGAGUAAAAUUGACAAUUG